GGGGUAGGAGCUUGCAGAGCUGCCCGGCACAUGUGGCUCGCUGCACAGCUGGGAAGGGGCCCCCCUUGCUGACGCCCCUGGCGGCUCCUUGGUGCUUUUCCUUUGCUGGGCUCGAUUUUUUAUUUUUAUUUUUUUAACUGGCGGAGGAAAAGGCGGCGGCUGCGCUUCGCAUGCGGCUGCUAACCGCAGGGAGCUCGGCGGCAGCGGCUGGUGUGCGCGGGCGGAGGAAGGAGGAUGCGCCCGGCCCCUGAGUCAGCGCCCCGGGACAGGCUGGCAGCUGCAGAGCGCUGGCGCCCGGGCCGCGCGCGCCAGGGCGCCUCCUAGGGCAGCAGGAGGGAGCGCACAGGGGGCGCAUCGCGGGGAGCGCAGGAGCCCGGCAGCCAGAGGCGGAGGGCGCAGAGGUGGGAGCCGCGGGGAGCGCCCACGUGGGGCGCCUCCUAGGGGUGUCCCAGCGAAGGGAGGGCGCUCAGCGCAGGCAGGCCCGUCUCAUUUGGCCGGGGAAGUGCCAGGCGCGCCCAGCCCUCGCCGCGGGACCGACUGGAGGCGCCUCCUGGGGCGCAGGGAGAUCCCGGCGCGGGCACCGCCUCCUGCGGCUGGCCGGCUGGAGCUGGGCAGCCACCCGCCGAAAUGUUCACCCGGGCUGUGAGCAGGCUCAGCAGGAAGCGGCCGCCGUCAGAGAUAAAUGACAGCGAUGGCAACCCAAGCAGCAGCCAACAAACCCUAAAAGGAACCUCAAGGUGGACUACGUCACUAGAGAACCUCCUAGAAGAUCCAGAAGGAGUGAAACGAUUUAGGGAAUUUUUAAAGAAAGAAUUUAGUGAAGAAAAUGUUUUGUUCUGGUUAGCCUGUGAAGAAUUUAAGAAAAUGCAAGACAAGAAACAGAUGCAAGAAAAAGCUAAAGAAAUUUACAUGACUUUCCUGUCCAGUAAAGCUUCCUGCCAAGUCAAUGUUGAAGGGCAAUCCCGUUUGAAUGAGACGAUAUUGGGAGAACCUCACCCACUAAUGUUUCAAAAGCUGCAGGACCAGCUGCUCAUUGACUCAAAAUGGGACAGAUGUCCUGGAAUACCCCCAUCAUCUCCUUGUGCUUUAGAGAGGGGGGCUGAGCUGAUAUUCAAUCUCAUGAAGUACGACAGUUACAGCCGCUUCUUAAAGUCAGACAUAUUUUUAAAACACAAGAGGGCCGAGGAACAAGAAGAGAAUUCAUCGGAAGCUCAAACUGUAGCUAAAAGAGCUUCAAGGAUUUACAACACAUGAUCCAAAGAAACCCAUUCAGACAAGCAACAAAAAAUAACCUAACUCUCAGGAACAGUCUUUGGGUCUAUAACUGUUGCAUUUAAGGCUUCACAAGCACAAAACCCUUUUAGGGGAUAUUUACCUUCUUAAUUGCUUGAACAACUAAUUGUUUUUGCAUGAUGGCUAAUACCAAACACUCUUGAAAAGACCAUUUUCUAAGCUAAAAUGCUGAGGUAUCCCUAUGUAGCAUGAAUUACAUCCCAUAUUUAACAAAUUAAAAUGUUUUCCAAUCACUGUAUUUUGUGAGGCAUCACAAACAUGAGAAAUGGAAGAUAGGGUUGCUUUUCCUCCUGAUUUUAUAGCUAUCCUGUGUGUACGUUUGUGAAGUCAAUGCAGAGUAGCAUUUCCGGUAACUCUGUGGAUGCGUCAUACAUUGAUUACCAUUAGGGGGCAGUAUAAUUUAGAGUUACUCCUAAUAAAACCCAGUUUCAGUCCUCCCAAAUGUAAAUCUCUUCUUUGAAACUAAUCUGUCUGUGAGACUUUGAAAAGCAAUUUCAGUUUUGACUUUGGGAAGUGUGGGUUUGCCUUUAUUAUUGAAGCAGAAGGCUUGGUUUUUUUGGUCAGGAUUUUCAUUACUGUAUUUCUUUGAUUUCAUGAUGUUUCCCACAACAGCCAACCAGCUUCUUCAGAUGACAGAGGCUAACCGCCAGCCUUGACAGAAAUAACAUGUCAACUUUAAAAACACAAUAAAACCUCUAGUGUUUUCAUAGCACCUAAACUAUAAUGGAACAAAAGCACCAAAAUAGGAAGGAUUCCUUCAAAGCACUCAAAAAGCUAUAGGAGAACUGAUACCUGUUGCCCACUUCUGGACAUCACACCUUCGGGUGGGCUUAGCACUUCAACCAGCUAGCACACUUAUUCUGAAGUCACAUGCAAGUACUAGUAAGCAUUAGGUCUUCCCCAAUCUUCCUGAGGAAUUGUGCCCUGGCUGCCAGCAGUCCUUCUGCAGAGGCACAAAACAACAGUUUACAUUUUCAGUCUGGCUUUGCUAAAAUCGAUUGGUCACAUACUAUCUGAUUUUGUUUUCCCCAAAAAAGUAUUUUAGGGUUUCCUAUGUGCAUAUGUUGGGAAGUCCAACAGAACUGUGAAUUCUCAUUGUGAUUGUAGCCAUUCCCACUCCAUGCUUGAGAUGAAGGACAGUUUAUGUCUGCCCUGAGAAGAUCAACGUGCAAUGAUGAAAUGUUAGGAUAAUAAAGGAAAAUGCUGGUGGAAAUCGCCACCAAAGAGUUCUCUUUGUCUGUCUGGAGCAGUUUGGGAACUGAAAAGCAUUUUUGCCAUAAAUGUUUAAUGUUUAUAUUUUUUGAAUUCAUUAAUUCAAUGCCAAAGUACUAAAUUGCCAUUUGGAAUUGGGAGAACAUAUUGGCUGGCAUGUUUUAUUUACAAGCUUCGCCAUGUGUCGUCUAGCUCUGACUCACACUGACUCACUAUUUACUCAUUUUUUGUGUUAGUACAGGCUUUUCUUGAGCUUGUAUUUAUGGGCUGUCUAGUCAGAUUGCACAAUUAGCUUUUGAUUAUUUUAAAAUUCUCUUUCUCAGGAAGGUGAGUUGUAUAUAUUCAUUACUGUUGCUAUCAACAUCUUAAAAGCCAGGGCUAGGUUGUAAUUUUCUAGGAGGAAAACUCUCUAUAUUGCCUUAUGACAUAUGACACUGUCUUUCUCUAAGCCACCUUUAUAGCCUAUGUCUGAAGAAAAUGGCUGCUGUGGUCUCUUCUCCCACUUAAUCCAUUCAUAUAGUGGUAGUGGGAGUUCUGAAAACUUAUCAAGGAAUAAAGAGAUUUGUUAGUUUUUAGGGAAUUGAGCAGGAGGGCAGUCUUUCAAUUUGCACUUUCUGAGCUGUAGGUCAGAUGCACUGAGUACAUUUUCCCAUCAUAUUUACAAAGGAGAAAAUGGCAGAACUAAAGGUUUAGGAUCAUGAUUCAUCAAUUUUCAGAGGGACCUCGACUCAUGCUGAAAGUAAAGCACGUAUUUAAAUGCUUUGUUGAAUAAGAAUAUACUUAAGCACAUGCUUAAAUGCUUGGCUGCAUUGGGGACUAAGUGAGUAGUUAUAAUCCUCCUCCUUGCAGCCAGUUGUUAUCAUGCUAGAUCUUCUAAUUAAAAUAAUUUUGGUUAUGUAACCACCACAUCCUACCCCCAAAAGAACACUGGGUGAAAUCCUGGCCCAUUGAAGUCAGCUGACCUCAGUGGAGCCAAGACGUCAGACACAAUCUACUUCUAAGGUCAUAUACAUCUUUUUUUCUUGUUUGAUAGGACUUACUUAAACUUUUCAGUUUAUGCAAAGAUAUUUUUUAAACUUCAACGGAAUGAGCUGGGCUUCCCAUGCUGAAAGCAUUUGCCAGAUUCAGCAUGUUCAUGAUUAGAAAGUGCAUGUUAUUCUUAAUCUUUUAGAGGAAGGGUGGCAUUGGAUGAAAUUUAGCUUUUGUCCAAAUGUUUGCCUGUCAAAUCUUUUGAGUGAUGGGCCCAAACCAAGCCCCUGGAACUCAGGAAAGAUGAAAUCUGCAUCCAACAUUUACAGCAUGGACUUUGGUUUAUAAUUCUCAUUAUUAUUAUUUACAUUAGAGUAGUGCUGAAAGGUCCCAAGUUGCGGGGAACCCCUCCCAUCAUGCUAGGUGGUACACAGUCCCUGCCCCAAGAGCUUGCAGUCUAAAAGACAAGACAGUUCAGUAAUAAUAGACAACAAACAAGCAAAACAUUAAAGGUGAUGUUAGAUACACCUCUUUGGAAUAGCUAAGUUAGGCCCUGGUCCUACAAACACUUAUGCACAGCUGUAACUUUAUUCACACAAAAUUUCCAUCAAUAGAACUUCUUACAUGAGUAAAGUUACAGUUGUGACAUCCAGGCUACCCCUGGCUACAUUGCUAUUUUUAGCACAGUAGCUCAAGCAUUGCAGAGUGGGUGUCUGCCUUCCCACACUUGAGGGGGCUUGUCUUCAUUAUGGGGGUAAGUCGAUCUAAGUUACGCUAUGUGAAUAAUGUAGCUGGAGUCGACAGCUUAGGUCUACUUACCCCAGUGUCUUCACUGCGCUGCAUCAAUGGGAGACACUUUCCGGUCGACUUCCCUUACUCUUCUUGGGGAGCUGGAGUACCGGAGUUGAUAGGAGAGCCCUCUGCCAUUGAUUUAAUGGGUCUUCAUUAGACUCCCCCUGGUUCUGGGGUGGUGCAUGGGUGGUGGCACGCUGCCCAGGACCCCACUGGUGCUGGGAGGGGGGUUGGAGGAGCCAGCAGGCUCCCUACCUGGCUCUGUGCCUCCCUGGAAGCAGGGACAUCCCCCUUGCUCAGCUCCUAGGUGGAGGUGUGACCAGGCAGCUCUGUGCACUGCCUCUGCCCAGAGCGCCGGCUUUGCAACCGUGGCCAAUGGGAGCUGCGAGGGUGGUGCCUGCAGGCAGAGACAGUGCACAGAGCUGCUUGGCUCUGCCUAGGAGCUGAGUGAGGGGGAUGUCGCCACUUCCGGCGAGCCCCCCGAGGUAAGCACUGCCCAGAGCCUGCCUCACACAGUCCUGUCCCGCCCUGUGCCCCUGCCCCCUCCCACACCCAAACUCCUGCUGCUGCUGGGGGAGGGGGUGCAGUGGCCCGAGAUUGCCCCAGCAGCAGCUGGUGCAACUGACACAGGGGCUUCCUGAGCGGCCCUCGGGCCAAGCGCACCAGCCACUGCAGAAGUCACAGAGGUCAUGGAAAGUCACAGAAAGUCAUGGAAUCCGUGACCUCUGUGACAAACCCACAGCCUUAGUAAUUACACAUAUGUGAAAUAUAUUUAUGAUUACUCAUAUAGUUUUCCAAAUAGAUGGGCAAGGUAGAGCAGUCUUCAACUACAGUUUUUCUUAAAAUUAAAGAAAAAAAUUAAUACAGAAAACUUAAGUAUGAAUCUAGGCAUUAUGAGAAGAAGUCAGACUAGUAGAAAUGUAUUUAUUUGUGUCUAAUUUUUUAAAAAAGGGAACAUAUCUAAAACUUCACAGUUCUGUUGUCUUAAAAAUAUCUUUCUCCCUUCUGCUGUUGAAGUUUGUGAUCCUGUUCUCUGUCUCAUCAAGGUUUGAAAGGUUCCAAAAUCUUUGCAAGAUUCAGAACUCAAGAGCUUUUUCACCUCUAAGAGAACCUGUAAUUUGCCCAGGAGUACUCAAAGUGCAGCAUUGCAAACAGUUGAAUAUUACAGGGAUGUGGAUUCAGGAGGGGUUAUCUUGUUUGGGUUAGUGCUGCAUAUCACCUACCAUAUUAAUUUUGUAACAUGUACAGAUCCCUUCUGUACAGUAAGAGGCUGAUACAAAUUGCAUGGAUCUAAAACAAUGUACAUUUCCAUUUGCAUAAAACUUUAAUUCUAACAGUGACUGCAAGCUUCACAUCUAUCCCCAGUUCUCUAAGUGACACAGUCUGAAAUACAUGGGAAUCAUAAGAGCUAACUCUUUCCAAAACCCCCAAUGGCUACCCUCACAUAUGUUUCUGAACUAAAAAUGAGACUCAUUUACAAACAAGCGAGAGCUGUGUGUUGACGCUUGUUUGAUGUUUUAAAUACCAGUUGGGAGGAUGCUGCAGCGUAUGAUGUGCCCCUCCUCCCAUCUUCUAGAUUCAGGCCUUCGAAGCCUGUGUCCUCUCACUUUCCCAUCAGCAACAUUUCUGUGAUGGAGGAGGAUUGGUGCCUAGAUACUACCGUAAUGGGGGCAUUUUAGAUGUGCAGAUAGCUAGAUUGGGACUCCCUUCAGAGGUAGCGAAUACUUUUAAUUAAAUAGCAACAGGGAUCAGUGAUGAACCACGAGGCACUUCUUGCACCUCACCUUCUUUGUCUCUAUUCCUUUCCUUGAUUCCACUGCAUUCCUCCUCCAUCCUUUUGUGUCAAGCACAGAACCUUGCUAACACAUUAAACUGGGGAAUUGGAGGCGAGAGGCAUUUUUUUUUGUUAUGUGCUUGUAAAGCACCUAACAUGAUGGCACCUUUGUUCAUAACUGGGAUUCCUCUGUGCUACAGUAAUACUACUACUAAUAAUGAAUAUGUCUUGACAGCAGGUUCAGGAAUUUUCAUUGCUGCGGCAUAACUAUUUUAUUAAGACAAAGUCCAAGAUGCUUUAAAUCAAUAGUAGAAAAUACUUUUGUGUUAGCUGACCUGGCAGAUGAGCAGCUGCCAUGUCAAAGCUAGAAGUUGCAGACUAGCUCAAAUCCCAUGCCCUUUAGGGUGUGAGGGAAGAAAUAGAGCUCUGUAGAUUGCAGGGUUUGUUUGGCCUCUGGGAAAGGAACUCAUUGCCAAAUUUAACACCGCCCUCUACUGGCUGCUGAAAGAAUAAAAUAGAUAACUUUUUUGGGAGAUAUUGAUAAGGUUAUAUAAUAAGCCAGCAAAUGAAGAGAGAUCAUAAUUGUUUUUUGUUUGUUUCUUAAAGGUGGUGGAAAUAUCAAUAUAUUUAUUGCCUAGUUAGAAUUCACCUUGUCAAGGUACAAUGAGGCUGCUCAGUUCAUUAUUGAAAGGUAAUGAAUAAUAAUAAAAUGUACAUUGGAUUGACAUUUUUCUGUACUUUGCUAUUUCCAGUGUAACUCCUAAUACAUGAAAGCUGAAAUAAAAACUCUCUUUUGAAGCUGA